ACUGGUUCCUGACUCCUCUAGCUUUCAUUCCGAAGCCUGUGACCUCAACAUGAAGAUUCCUACACUUCUAUGCCUCCUGCUCAUAGCUGCCACCAUCAGCCCACAGGUAUUGGCUGGACCAGAUGCGGUGUUCACCCCAGUCACCUGCUGUUAUAAUGUCGUUAAGCAGAAGAUCCAUGUCCGGAAGCUGAAGAGUUACAGGAGAAUCACAAGCAGCCAGUGUCCCCGGGAAGCUGUGAUCUUCAGGACCACACUGGAUAAGGAGAUCUGUGCUGACCCCAAGGAGAAGUGGGUAAAGAAUUCCAUAAACCACUUGGAUAAGAAGUCUCAAACUCAGCAUCCUUGAACAACUUCAUGUCUAGGCUGAGAGUUCCAAAAACUCUUAACGUAUUUUCCCCUGACAUUCCCCAUGGGCAGUGUGAUAUUUAUUAUGAUAUCUAAAGAUAGAUGCUUUUAAUAAUUUAAACACAAACUUGCUUAAAUUAUAUUUAAUGGUAUUUAAGCUAUAUUUGGGCCAAUUAAACUGAAUUUAAUUUA